AUGGAGAGAACGAAGGGAAAGAAGAGGACAGGAUGCUUCCUGUACGAGAGGGGAGACUACAGCUCCACCGAGAGGCUCUUCAGGCGAGCCCUUGUAAUCGACCCGUCAAACACGCUCGUGCUGGGGGAGUAUGGAUCGCUGCUUGCCGCCAACAACCCGCAAAGAUCGAUCGGCAUGUUCGCGAAGGCCCUGGCGAUCGACCCCACCAACAGGAGUGAGGGGGAAAAGGACCAGGCGGAGGCUCUGCUGAGGAGGAGCUUGAAGUGUCACCCCGCAGACGCUGAGAGCCUCACCAACCUGGCCGCUUUCCUCGCAUGCCAGAGACAAGAGUACGACGAGGCCAGGUCGCUCUACGAGAAGGCGGAGAGGGUCCAGCCCGACCACGUUCCCACCUUGUGCGACUUCGCGUGUCUGCUGAAGGACGAGCUGCACGACAUGGAGGAGGCCAGCGAGCUCUUCGAGCGAGCCCUUCAGCUGGCCCCCAGCCACGUGCCGUCACUCCGAGGGUUCGCAGAGCUGAAGAUCGCGCAAGCUCGAGAUCGACGGGACGUGGAAGAUGCCAAGGAUCUGCUGAAGAGGGCGCUACGGUCGAGCCCUAAUGAUGCAGACACGCUCGCGUGCCUCGGGGGGGUGCUGAGGGAGAGCGACAACAGCCGCGAAGUAGCUGGGCUGAUGCUGGACAAGGCGAUCAAAAUCCAGCCCGACCACGUGGCUUCCCUGUGCCACAAGGCAAGCCUUCUCAGGGCAUUGAAGCUCGUUCCCAACCACCUGGAGGCCAUGCUAGGACGGGCGAACAUCCUCGCCAUCCCUCCUGCUGGGCUGCCCAAUGCUACCGUGCAGAACGAGUACCAAGAGGCGGCCAAGAUAUUUGACAAGGAUGGGAAAGUCAGCAUGCACGGGAUGAUGGACGAAGUAGUCAAGAGUCGCUUCCAAAAGUCCGCAAAGAUCUUCGAGCGGGCUCUCAGCUUGGCACCUGACUACGUGCCAGCUCUGUGCGGGUACGGGAAAGUGCUCUGCCAGCUUGAUGACAGGGAGGGAUCGGAGCGGGUACUGAGGAAGGCCCUGCGGAUUGAUCCUCACGAUUGGAGGACGCUUGCCAACUACGGGGUGAUGCUGGUUCGGAUGCUAGGCGACACACUGAACGGAGAGAAAAUGCUCAAGGACGCUGUCCGACAUGCGCCAGAGCAUGCGAAGGCGGAGCUGCAGGCGCUUAAGAGCCAAGUGCUCCAGCAGGGAGAGGAGAAGCUCUCCGACCUUCACAAGACGGCUGAGAGAAUCAGGUGGGAGAACCGUUGGAAGGACGCGGACAGCAUCAACGCUCCUUACGACGGCAGGAAGUUCAGCUGA